AUGAAGCGACUAAGGAUGCAAUCUCAGCAUACGGAUACGCUACUAUGCCUCCCUGUUAUCCUUUGCCUGCUACUGUCAUCAGGAAUUACUGAUAAUCACAAUCAUCAUGUGGAUGCCUUUAACGUGGCACCAACCACCAAAAGAAUGUCAAACAAACAAAAGACAUUCCGACCAAUGGUGAGUCGAAGUCUCGAUGACCUUAAUACGGAAGUCGAUUUUGAAGAUUUCGAGAAACAAGAUGACAUGCCAUUUGACUUUCAACAAGACCAUGAUAUUACGGUUAUUGAGAAAGCGACCUCUCCCGAUAACAAACCUGCAAUCUGGUUGGAUGCGGAGGGGAAGCUUUCCGUGGUCAAUGGAGAGAAUGGAAAGGACAACCUCCUUCUAUUGGAUGGCUUGAAGCCAGACACAUGGACCAGCGUCAUGAGCGAGAAGGCGCAACUGCAGGAGGAUCGCUCCUCUCUCUUUUUGCAAGUGCAACAUACCGACCUUCAGCCGCUGCACGAACUAACGCUCGGAAAUCUAGUGUCCUGUAAUCGUAUGUUGACGUGCUCGCGAUUGACACGCUACUGGAUGGGACCUGCUUUUGGAAAUCACGCCAAGGAUGUUCCAGUGGAAACUCAAUUCAUGUUGGUGGAAAUGGAAGAACAUGGACCAUAUGCUCUCCUUUUGCCACUGGUCGACGGUGGUUUCCGAGCUGCUUUGGAACCUUCCACCCACAACAAAGACGAACUCAACAUUAUGUGCUACUCGGAAAGUGGCGAAGCACCCGCAUCAUCUUCGGCGAUGAAGGCUCUCUACGUCGCUGUUGGCAAUGAUCCAUUCGAGCUCGUCCAAAGAGGAAUGCAAGAAGUAUCCGAUACCCUCGGAACCUUCCGGACUUUGCAUCAAAAGGAAAUCCCAGAAUCCGUCAAUGACUUUGGAUGGUGCACAUGGGACGCCUUCUACUCCAAGGUGAAUCCCGAAGGCAUCUUGGAAGGUGUCUCGGAUCUGAAAAAGGCCGGUGUUCCACCAAGGAAUGUCAUUCUGGAUGACGGCUGGCAAGAAGUCUCACCCCAUCCAGCCGACUGGGACAAAACUGACAAAGCAGCAGCAGCAACCACGAAACAACCCAACCUAUUUUCAGAAGUGGGAAACGCUGCCUUUUCGCAGAUUUCCCAUCUCGUCGGCGCCUACUAUGACAAAUGUGUGCAACAUGCUCCUCAUGGUGGCAUCUCCAAUCGGGUAUGGACCAUACUGGCCAAGACUAUACUGAAGAAGGGUCUUUGGAACUUUUUCGAUUCCGAGACCGAUUUCAAUAGACAGUUGGAUAGCUUUGAACCAAACUUCAAGUUCCAAAAUGAUAAGGGCAAGACUGGAAGUCUUUCGUUGAAAGAUCUUGUUCACGAAUUGAAAACUGACUUGGGCCUCAAAAAAGUCUACUGCUGGCAUGCGCUGCACGGAUAUUGGAGAGGAGUGACAACCACCUUGGGCGACUCGGUUGGUAUCGAUGUCGUUCAAGUCAAGACAAAACCGACCAAACACUUGAAGCGCAUGGAACCACAAAUGGGAUUCGAUACCAUCUCUCUGUUCGGCGUUGGCAUGAUGACUCACGAAAAGGAUCUGGCCAAGUUUUACAAACAUUUGCACGCACCUCUGGUAGAAGCUGGAAUUGAUGGUGUCAAGGUUGACGUUCAGUCUGGUGUAUCUGCUGCCGGAAGUGGUAUCGGUCAAGUUGGUGUUCAAGUUGGAAAGAUCUACACCGAAGCCAUGGAACAUUCUGUCUCCAAGAACUUUGCGUCUGAUGCGAACGGUGCCGUGGAUUGUAUCAAUUGCAUGUGCCACUCGACCGAGAACUUGUACCGAUACAAGGUCACAGCGGUUGCACGUGCCUCGGAUGACUUCUAUCCGCUUAGACCCGAGUCUCACUCUGUCCAUUUGGUGAACGUUGCGUACAACUCCCUCUUUUUGGGAGAAAUCUGCCUACCUGAUUGGGAUAUGUUUCAUUCCAAGCACGAGUCUGCUGCACUUCAUGCCGCUGCUCGAGCAGUUGGCGGUUGCCCUGUUUACGUCUCAGACAUGCCAGGCCAACAUGAUGUGCAUCUCCUCCGAAAACUUGUACUUCCAGAUGGCAGUGUACUCCGAGCCCAACUGCCCGGUCGCCCAACCAGAGACUCUUUGUUUGCCGACGUCGGAAAAGAUGGAAAGAGUGCACUGAAGAUUUGGAAUGCAAACAAGUCGGGAAGUGGGAUCAUUGGAGCUUUCAAUGCACAGGGAGUUGCAUGGAACUUCCAAAGAAACGAGAAUGAAGAAGUUGAUGCUUCUCCAGCUCCUGUGGUAACACAAGUGCGACCACAUGACGUCGAGACACUUCGAACCUCGGAGGGACCUUUUGCGGUCUGGAAUCAUCGAUCCGCAAGUCUGGAGGUAUUGGAUAGUGGCGAUUCACCCAUCGAAGUUACUCUUGAGUCCCGUCAGUGGGACAUCUUUACAAUCGUCCCCGUUCAAAGCACUUGCAGGGUGAACUGGGCCCCAAUUGGAUUGGGAGACAUGCUAAACUCGGGCGGAGCCAUCUUGUAUCAAAGUGGACUAGAAGAAAUGACCACCAUCGCUGGGGAGGAGGCAGUCAGAAAAACAACAACGACCAGUUUCUCGGCUCGUGGGCCUGGGAAGAUGGUAGCUUACUGUGAUCCGUGCCCAUCGAACAUCAUCCUUGGCACCGACUCAGUGCCUUCAGAGCUACCAUUCAACUACAACAAAGAAACCAAGCUACUCGAAUUCGAUUUACCAGAUGAAGCUGUCAACAUGCCAGAACAUCAGGUAACCAUUGCAUGGGACACAUAG